AUGAAAUUAAAUUUAUCAUUGUUUUUGUUUUGGUUUGUUGGAAAUUUUGCAGUAAUAUUUUUUCAAAUUUCUGAAUGUGUUCAGAUUAACACAUUAAUCUUAUCUUCCAAUGGAACUACUUUACAAGACCAAAAAUUAAAGGAAAUUAAAGAACAUUUAAUAACAAAUAUUACAAGUAAUUCUACAGAAUUAAAUGAAGAGGUACUGGAUAAUACUAUAGAAGAACUUACAGAUCUUUCAAAUGAAAUUGAAACAAAACUUAAAGAAUUAAAAAAAAAAGAAUUAAUAAUGGAGGUUGAUAAGAAAAACAUAGGUGUAUUUGCAAGCAUUACAAUGAUUGCUCUUGUUUUAUUAUUUUACCUUGGAGUAGCGCAUAUGGAGGAUGCAUUAAAAGAUGCAAAUAUCCUUUAUGGUGAUAAUGUUUCACCUCAGAAUGUAAUAUUUGAUCCAAGAUGGUAA